UAACCUAUUUGGUUGAUUUUAAUUUUUGGUCGUUCUGAUUGAAAUACAAUAGAAAAUUUAAGGUAUACAAAUAGAAAGAGGACAAGUUGUAAAAACUCGUAUAAAUUACAAUUUGAUACGGUAGACAGCCAUAAAAUAUGUUUAAAACUUUAGAUACGCUUCAGUCUAAAUAAAGUAUAAACUUGCGACAAAUUUUUCAUAGCCCUAGACGGUGUCUGAAGCUUAAAAUUGUAAAAAUUUGCUUGAAGAGUUGGGAGAUCUUUAGAAAAGCGAUGAACUGGCUGGUUUUUGGUCUUCUACUUCUCAGCGUGUCCUUUGCGAUGGAACAGGACGAGGCCACGCCCUAUAUUUGCGAUGGAAAGGACGAUAGGGUCUGUGACCAGUACCGCUGCAUGUGCCGAAGGAAGCCUUCAACGAAACCGGACCAAUAUUUCACAAGAACCGAGUAUGAAUUUUGAAGAUAAAUUAUAAA